UCCUCCCGCCGGUACACCUCGACCCCGCCUUCCCCUUCUCCGCCCGCCGCCCCGAAAGACCUCCGCGCUCGCCUGCAGCGAUUCAACGACCGCCUCCCCCCGUUCCUGCGCACCUACACCACGCCGCUCCUAGGCGCGCCCGCAACGCACGUCACCUCGUUCCUCAUCCUGCACGAGCUCACCGCCAUCGUACCUUUAUUCGGGCUGGCGGCCGCUUUCCACUACGGCAACUGGCUGCCCGACCUGACCGCGAGCGAGUCCUUCCAGCAGGGCACGCAGCGGUUCCAGCGGUGGCUGCGCAAGAAGGGCUGGGUGGAUGCGGAUACGCAGGUGGAUCUGGUCUCCCUUGAGGGUGGCGGAGAAUUGACUCUUUCGGAGCGAGUGGCCGGGAACAGCCGCAGUCAGACGGAAGGCGUGCGUCUCGUGCUGGAGUUUGCGACGGCGUACACGGUGACCAAGUUUCUCCUGCCGGUGCGGAUUGCGGCGAGUGUUUGGGCUACGCCGUGGUUUGCGAGGGUGGUUCUGGGGCCCUUGGGGAAGGGUGUCCGGGGGCUACUGGGGAGG